UUUCCAUCGCUCGCGUGCGCGCGCUCCACCCCUUUAAUUUCCUCUGGGAUUUCCCACAGCUUUGCAGCUCGCUCACCUGUGCCUGGGAAUAAUAGUAUUUAUUAUAUGGAAAUCUCGUUAUAGAUGGAGUUUCAAUCAGUUCCUUAUCACUCCUCCGUUUAACCCUGCCUUCAUUUCGAUCGCUCUUCAUCUCGCUCUUCAUCUCGCUCUCUUGCUCUCCAAUCCUGUCAUGUUGUUUCCACCGCGAUGGGAAAUUAAAUGAAGUUGUCCGAGGGCAGAUGGGAGAUUUAAAGAAUGUAGACUGAGGUAAAAACGGAUCAUUUUGUCACGUGUCCGGCGUUGUGGAUUUGCUGAGGACGCGUUGAACGCUCCACCGUGCACGAGACCUGACUGUUAUCAAUAUCACAGAUUUAAGGGAAAACCUCCGGUUUAUUCAUUUUUAAACUCUCUGCCGCACGUACUAACGUUUCCAGGAUGGAAUCGGAGUGAGUUCGGAUCAUGUCAUGGAUGUAUUCAGUUUUGUCAGGAUGCCGAAACUAGCAGGCCACAGGACCAAAGCCUCCUGCUGUCCUACGCCACCUCCAGGGAGCUGGGUCCCAUCCCAGGCACCCCCCAAUGGCUGGGAUAUGGCGUCCUCUAGAGAGGGUCGUGACUGCUACAUCAAUCACCUCUCACAGUCCAGUUCAUUGGAGGAAGUGCAUGUGGAUGUUGAUAAGUUUGUCCCUCCUGCGCCGAGAAAGGUGGAGAUGAGACGCGACCCGGUGCUCGGCUUCGGCUUUGUGGCAGGCAGUGAGAAACCAGUGGUGGUGCGCUCAGUGACUCCAGGAGGUCCUUCAGAAGGGAAGCUGAUCCCGGGAGACGAAAUUGUGAUGAUAAAUGACGAGGUGGUCAGCUCGGCUCCAAGAGAGAGAGUCAUCGACCUGGUCAGGAGUUGUAAGGAGUCCAUCGUCCUGACAGUGGUGCAGCCGUACCCUUCGCCCAAAUCUGCCUUCAUCAGUGCAGCUAAAAAGGCCAAGUUGAAGUCCAAUCCAGUCAAAGUACGCUUCGCAGAGGAAGUCAUUAUUAACGGACAAGUACCGGAAACUGUGAAAGAUAAUUCUCUACUCUUUAUGCCAAACGUGUUGAAGGUGUAUCUUGAAAAUGGACAAACUAAAUCCUUUAAGUUUGACUGCAACACCUCCAUCAAGGAUGUGAUUCUGACACUGCAAGAGAAGCUGUCGAUCAAAAGCAUCGAGCACUUCUCUCUCCUGCUGGAACACAAAACGGAGGGAUCUGGAACCAAACUAAUGCUGCUGCACGAGCAGGAGAUGCUGAUGCAGGUCACUCAGAGGCCGGGUUUACAUAAGAUGAAAUGCUAUUUCCGCAUCAGUUUUCUUCCUAAAGAUCCCGUUGAUCUGCUGAGGAGAGAUGCUGUUGCGUUUGAUUACCUCUACGUUCAGAGCUGUAAAGAUGUGGUGCAGGAGCGUUUCGGCUCGGAGCUGAAAUACGACAUGGCACUUCGUCUGGCGGCUCUACAGAUGUACAUCCUGACGCUCAGCACCAAACAAACACAGAAAGUCUCUCUUAAAUACAUUGAGAAGGAGUGGGGUCUGGCGCAGUUUUUGCCACCUGCAGUGCUGUCCAGCAUGAAAGAGAAGAAUAUCAAGAAGGCGCUCACACACAUCCUGAAAACUAACCAGAAUCUGGUGCCGCCUGGAAAGAAGCUGACGGCGUUGCAGGCGAAGGUGCACUACCUGAAAUAUCUGAGUGAUCUCAGACUGUAUGGAGGACGAGUGUUCAAGUCAAUAUUAGUUCAAGGUGAAAAACACUCCGAGGUCACACUGCUCGUGGGGCCACGGUACGGCAUCAGUCAUGUGAUCAACACCAAGACGAACCUGGUGGCCCUGCUCGCCGACUUCAGCCAUGUGAACCGAAUCGAGAUGUACACCGAGGACGAAAAGAACGUACGAGUGGAGCUUCACGUCUUGGAUGUAAAGCCCAUCACUCUUAUAAUGGAAUCCAGUGAUGCGAUGAAUCUGGCAUGUCUGACUGCGGGAUACUACAGACUGCUGGUCGACUCACGGAGAUCCAUCUUCAACAUGACCAACAACAGUAGCACUGCAGGGCACGACUCAAGAGGCAAGCACAACUACCAGGCAAUCGACUGGAAUUACAGUUCCGGUGGUGGAUGCAACGAGCCGCACAUUGAGUAUGCUCUCUGUGGGCAAAGAGACUGCGAUAUCGCCCCUAAUGCCAACGAAAUGCACCAGAUGCAGCAUCGUGCACAUGGUGAUGAGAAAGCAGAGAGGGCAAUCAGAGCAAGCCACGUGCAUUCUCAGCCCUACUUCAAUAUUCCAAAGAGCAAGCCUCAAGACUCGCCCAGAAACGCCAAGGUGUCCUUCAUAUUUGGCGACCCUCCGUUGGACAGCGUAAACCCACAGAACCUAGGAUACCAAAGGCUGAUGGAGGACAUUCCAGAAGUUCUAGAGGAACACAGGUAUCUGUACGCCCAGCAGAAGGACUACAAGCCCCUGGAAGCGUCAAUGGAGGUUGAUGGCUUCCAGUACAGUUCUCACAUGGUCUACGGCGACGCUAAGAUUUUCGGUACAACAGAAGGCAUCGAGGAGCCAUUGUUGCAUGAUAUCUGCUACGCAGAAACCACCGAUGACGCCGAAGACGACGAUGACAUCAGUUGUGAGGAGGACAUGAUGAUGAUGAUGGGAGAGAUGAAAGACAAAGCAAACUCUUUCUUGUCGCUUUCGGAAUCUAGUGAAGACAUUAUCGAUCUUACCUCCCUUCCGCCGCCACCAGAGGGCGACGACGAGGAAGACAAUGACGUCCUUUUGCACUCAUUAAACUUGGCGAUAGCUGCUCCACCUCCAGGGUUCAGGGAUAGCUCGGACGAAGACGACCACCAAGGGCCUCGUGAAAGAAAUAACGUAGCUUCGCUAAAAAAUGACAUUCCUGUGUCUCUGAUCGAUUCAGUGCCGACACCGGUCGCUGGUGCGACACAAAAAGUGUUCAGUGACGAUGUUGUCUCCACUCUACAAGCUCUGGAGGCUUUGGCGGCCUCUGAAGAGCAGUCGCACCCACAGCCGAAUGAUAGUUCAGGUGUAGAAAUAUCUCGCUCUUUUAGCCCCGAGUCCUUAUCGGAUUCUGGGAAUGAGACAAAUUCGUCCGAAAUGACGGAGAGCUCAGAGCUGACAGCAGUUCAGAAACUCUCUGAAAGCUCGCUCAAAAUGCUAAUCGCGACAGCCGAAGGCUACCAAGCGCUAGCUGAAGAGGAGACCGAAUUUCGAUUGACACCCCUGGACAUCAGGGCAUCUCUACGUAAUCAGGAAGACGACCCUCAGUGCUCAGGUGUUCCGCGCAACACUCUACGCUCAGACCACUUCGAGAUGGAGCCUGAAACCAUGGGAACAAAGUCACUGACGGACUACUUAAAAAAAAUGCACAUGAUGAUGGGAAUGCCGCAGAGUAAGACUGAGGAGGAAUCUUACAGCGGGGUGAAAUCCAGCGGCGAAUCCGAAGUCCAUCCGAUGAGCAUUCCUGAAUCGCAUGAAGAGGAAAUUUUUGGGAGUUUUAACAGCUUCAAUGUACACGAUAUCCAACAUUCCGGUGCCUUUGAUCUCAACGGGAUGUCUUUUGCAUGUCAAGAACCGAAUCAACAAUUGCACAUGAUUCUGAAUAAUGAAACAGAUGAGCACAUUUACUCUGAGGUGACUGGCGAUAGCGGGACAUUGAACGCACACAGGGUAACUCAAAAUGUCAAUAAGAUUGAGUUGAAUGACUCUUCCGUGUUGGGAACAGGGAAGCACAUCAUUGACUUGAAGGCGAGUUCGCCCGCGAAAGAACAAUAUUUAAUCGAGCGAGCCCGGAAUGAACAUCAAACCAAAGCGGCUCCACGUGAACAGGAAGUGACACGGCUUUGCGAGUACCACCUGACCAAAAGGAUGUCAUCUUUACAAAGUGAGGGGAUCCAUUCCCUACAGAGUUCCCAAUGUUCGUCCAUUGACGCUGGCUCCAGUACAGGAAGUAGUAGCUGUGUGACGCCAAUGGACUCUCCUCUGUGCAUGGCAGAUAGUGCCCACUUGCAUGGCUAUCCAAAUCAGAACAUAGAUGCAACGUUUUUGCGGAAGCACCAUGGAUCGGCCGCCACGGAGUCGACCGCUAGUGCGGGCCGCGAGGGAAGCCAGAGGAUGCCCAAGCUCAGAGAAACUACAGUGUAACAUGCUGCGAAGAAGACAAAAGAGACGAAUGGUCUUCUGCUCUCAUGAAACGUCCAUGUUCAUCCAUAGCACAGAUUCCUAUGUGCCAAACCAGAGGCGAUCGGAGGUCUUAAAUGCUUCCCGGAUGAUUCCUGCACUCGGCCUCAAAAGACACCCCCCACCCCCGCUCUGGUUGCCUCAGGGAGGCAGAAAUGGAAUUUUAAUCUGAAAACUUUGGCUCAGGGAGCAUUGACACUUUUAAUGGAAACUGCAACAUGUAGACGACCAUAAUCACCUCAACCAAAUCACUAAACCUAAAAGGAGCCGAUUACGAGAUUUAGAAACACUGUCAUCCUUAAAGUCAACAUUAAAUGCAGUUUCCCAAAUCAUUAUACUUCCAUAAUCUGAUGCAUUUCAAAAUAAAACUGUAUAGUCAUCCAUCACAAAUUGAUUGCACUGCAAAGUGCAUAUCUUUAAAACAAGAAAAAUACCAUAGAAGCGGAAUGGCAUAAGAUAUUAAGUCUUGUUUUCAGAGAAAUCUAACUAAAUUUGGUGGGAUUUAUGCUUAAAACAAGAAAAAACUCUUUGCCAAUGGGCUGCAAAAAAUAAACUUGUUUUCCCUUUGAAUCGAGUUUUUUACUUACCCCAUUGGCGAAUAGAUUUUUCUAGUAAUAAGCAUUAAUCCCAUCCAAUUUCAAUGCAUUUCGCUGAAAACAAGACAAAAUACCUUCUGUCAUUUUGCUUCUCAAGUAAAUUGAUCUUGUUUAAAGAAUGUUUACAUAUUUUUACUGGAAAAACAAGACAAAAAUAGGGUACAACGGGACUAAAGUUCUUAAGCAUCCCUUAAGAACAUUUCACUUUUUUCUGGUCACAAAAUGUAUAAAAAUCUAAAAUAUUUAUUUUUAUUGAACAUUGAUGGAGCAACAUUAUUUGUGUGGAAAAAAAAUAAUAAUGGAAGGUUGUUUCAAUUAAAAUUCAGUUUUAAACAAAAGGUGGUGAGGGAGCCGUUUACCCAUCACUUGGAGUAAAAGGCCCCUAGGGGGUUUAAAGUGAUAUCGUGUAGAUACCGCGGCAAUAGUUAUAGGGCACAAUUUGUCAACUAAUAAUUAUGCGACACCAAGAUGCUUUUUGAGUAACAAAUUAAGAUGAUGCUUACUCAAAAUAACUACAGUACUUCAGGAAAAAGUCAAACAUUUUCAGAUUUUUUUCAAACACAUUUGGCAUUUUAUUACAUCAAGUAUUCCAUAAACAAACUAAUCUAUGGUAUGAUUGGUUGAGUCAAUGUGAGCCCACUUUGAACAUUUUUCUUAUCAACAAGGGGGCUUUUUUACCCCAAAUACUAUCCUUUCACUUACCGGACAGUUAUUGAAUGUUUGAUUUAAUGACAUUAAACAAAACUGAUAAUGAUAAAUAAGUAUUUUGUCAAAAUAGAAAUGUUAAUUUCAGGUAUUUUCAUUAGUAACAUAAAUUUACAUCAUUUUAAGUAAUUAUUAAAAAUUAGACCAAAUUUCUUCAAAAUCCACCUUAGGACACCACACGCAAAGAUCUCAUGGAUCAGGAAUAUUUCAUAGUUCAUAGUGACAGACAGGUGUUUUGGAAAGUGCUGUGGUAGUUUUUGAUGCUUUUUAGUGUUUUGGGAGAAAAUAAAAUCAAUCGACCCUUUAGCCCCGUUGUACCCUACUCUGUAAGAAAAUCAGGGCCGGAUCUAGGGCGGGGGGUUUGUGCCUAUUGAAAUCACAAACAAUCCGUGACAGUCUUGGCCUAUUUGAACAUUCCAUCUAUGUAAGUCAAUGGUAUUUCGGGGAUAUUCAAAAGUGCGCUACAGAAAAACUGUAAGUCUGAUCAGCUAGAAAAUACAUAGCACAUUAAAUCAGAUCAAUCUGAAGGUCUGUGCCAAGUUGGAUGUAGCUUGAAAGCUCUAGGAGUUAUAAUUUAUUAUUUUGGUCUUAGUAUAGGGAUUUUGGAAAACCCUGAAACCAUGUCUGUAAGGCCAAUGUAAUAAUGUGCAUCGAUGUCAACUUUGAUUUCAUGUUGACUUUAACUUUCUAAUGGGCAUAAGUGAGUGGCAGAUUCACAGGUUUUCAAACAUGUUACAGUCUCUGGCACGGCAAAUGACUUGAACAGACAAAACAGGCUUCCGGUCUUUGUCAGAAGUUGGAACAAGACUCAUCUAUUUCCGUAUUGUUUUGGAUCGAGCACACACUAAGCUUAUUGCUCUGAGAAAUUGACACACCAGUUACUUAAUCUGUUUUAGCCACAUUUUGUGUCCAGUUUCUCUAGACUGCAUGUACAGAGCUUUUAUCUUAAUGCUCUGGAGAUUUUUUUGUUUAAAGCAAAAGGACUUUUCAAAAUGCUGUUUGGGGUGACGUCACACCAGUGGAAGCUCUACAGCGCAUGACGUGGAGUUUAGGCGUAUCAGAAAGUCAAUUUAUUUACUUACUGGGAGGAUUUGGAAGGUUAUUUUGAUGUAUGCCGUUAUUUGGUGGUAGCAAUGGCCAUAUUUAAAAAAAGAAGGAAAAAAACGUUUCUUUUAGCCAUAGUAAAGCCAUAGGUUAACACACCUGCUUUUGUCAUGACGAUCAAGGGAAUCUGGCCAUUGCAAUCCAUUGUGAUAGCAUAUGGCUUGUGUAUAUUUUGUGUAAUAUGUAAAAUUAAAAUAAUUCUACAAUGCAUAUAAUUUUUAAAAGAAGAUAAUAUAUAUAUAUAUAUAUAUAUAUAUAUAUAUGUACGUGUGUUUGUGUGUGUGUAUAAAAAUUACACCACCUUAUUCAGUAGAUGCAUCCCUUGUUUUGUUCCACAUUGAAAAAUACAUGACGAAAGCCACUUUACAAUCUAUAAACUGUAAGUUCACAUCCUACACCAUUUAUUAUCAUUUGUUGUUGUGUUCUUAUUUGAUUGGCUAAUGCAGUGACAUUUUCAUGAGUACAUUAAAGUCAACAUGAAAUGCUGUUCGCAACCCGUUUUACUUCUGUAAUCUGAUGUAUUUCUGAGUUCAACAAGAAAAAAGUAGGGCAGUAUUUGAUUUUAUCCAUCGAAAAUUGAUUGGCUCUUGAAAAAUGGGGUUUAAAAUUUAUAUUUGUGAUGUCAUCCGAAAAGCCAAGUUGUUUAAGAGGCGGAGCAAGUUAUUAUAUAUACAUAUAUUUAAUCAGGAAAAUGCGUUAAUUAAGUAAAUAGGGUGAGUUUUUAUUUCAUGUUGACUUUGCAUAAUAAACAUAUGGUGCUUUAUUUGAAUUAUCAUCAU